UACUGUAGCCCACGAAAGUCCAAAACUGCAACCACAGCUUCACGUAUUCCACCUUCUCUAAUUUUGUUUUUAUUUAUUUACUUUUUUCCAUUUCCUUUUAAUCUUCCUUUCCAAGUUUCAACUGAUUCAUUCAAUUCAACCGACUUCUGCUUCUGCUUUUUCUUCAUCGUCGUCAAUGGCUUCCACCACCACCACUGCUUUAACCUCACACCUCCUCACUCAACCCAGAUACCGCCUCCCUUUCCGUGAAGUGAACUCAUACGAUGGCGGUCCCUCAACUCUAUCUUGGCCUAAUUGUAAGACUGGGAAGAGAACACAAUCACUUCGUGUAUAUGGCUCAUUUGGUGGGAAGAAUGAGAAGAGUGAUGAUGGACCUUCAAAGGCUGGAAUAUUGGGUAAUAUGCAAAAUCUGUAUGAAACUGUUAAGAAAGCCCAGAUGGUGGUACAAGUUGAAGCAGUACGCGUGCAGAAAGAGCUUUCGGAAGCAGAGUAUGAUGGGUAUUGUGAAGGUGAGCUUAUAAAGGCAACCCUUACUGGUAACCAGCAGCCAGUGUGCAUUGAGAUAACUGAUGCUGCCAUGGAACUUGGAGCCGAAAAACUCUCUCUUUUGGUUACCGAAGCAUACAAUAAUGCCCACCAGAAGAGUGUCCAGGCCAUGAAGGACAGAAUGAACAAUCUUGCCCAGGGUUUAGGAAUGCCAGAAGGCCUCAAAGAUAUAUGAGUUUCUGCAACCUCAAAGGAGACGAAUUUUGUUAAUCGACUCUGAAUAGCUUAUGGGAUGAUUGUCCCGUUGAAUUCGCCUUUUUGGUCUAAUAUCUGAAAAUAGUUUUAACCAA